AUGGGUGGAAAUCCCCCAAUAACCAUUAUGACAGACCAAGCUCCAUCCAUUGCUGCCUGGAUAAGGAAUGUUUUUCCAGAUGCUAGACAUAGAUUAUGUACAUGGCAUAUUGGGGAGAUUUCAAAGAAGCAUAUUGGGCAAUAUAGAGCUUUAGAUGGUUUUUGUGACACUUUCAGUUAUCUCCUGAAAAUGUUGACUCACUAUAAAUGCGCUGAAAAUCCAUGGUUGAAGAAUUUAUAUACAAUCAGAGAGAUGUGGUGUCCUGCUUAUUCUAAGAACUAUUGGUCUGGUGGUGUUUUAUCAUCACAAUGUUGUGAAACUACCAACAAGUCAGUUUCCCAUCGACUUAAUAAGACACAAGGAUUAUGUGAUUUUUAUCAUGUUUUUUUGGAUGUUAUUUCUGAGUGGAGGAGCAAACAGAAUGGUCAUGAUUACAGAAAUUGGAAAGGUAGACCAGAAGUUGCUGCUAAAAAUUGCAGAAUUCUUCUUCAUGCGAGAACGAUUUACACUAUAGAAGCAUAUGUGUUGUUUGAAGAACAAUUUCUUAAAGGGAUGGCAUGUUCUCAAGAAGAAAAACGCGGAAACACAACCAUAGAGAAAAGUUAUUAUGUGUGGAGGCCUAAAAAAGACUUGAUUAAACAUGAAGUUCGGUUUAACCAAGAGACUUUUGUUGUGGAUUGUACUUGUCAGUACUUUACUGAAAUGGGUUUUUUAUGUUCUCAUUUGCUUCGUGUUUAUCAUGCGCAUUGUAACCCAAAGAUUCCCAAUCUUUAUAUAUUGAAGAGGUGGACAAAAGCGGCUAUGUGCAGUCAUUUGGUUGAAGAUGAUGGUGAAAAUUCCAAUAUAGUCGCGACUUCUGUUUGGAGGGAACAAACCCUUAGGAAUUUUGGUAGGCUGGUUGAUGCUUCUUUUCCGAAGCCACCUCUAAAAUAUUUUAGAAGAGUUGCUGUUGUUGAUAAAAUGUAG